UAGGAUCUUCAACUCAGUAGAAGAAAGUAAUUAGCAAUGGCUGAACAAGUUGCAAUGCCGCGAGUGAAACUCGGAACUCAAGGACUUGAGGUAUCAAAGUUAGGUUAUGGUUGUAUGGGGCUAACUGGAAGCUACAAUGUUCCUGUUCCUGACGAGGAAGGAAUUGCAAUAAUCAAAGAGGCAUUUAGUAAAGGCGUUACAUUUUUCGACACAUCAGAUAUUUAUGGUGUGAACAAUGCCAAUGAAUACUUGGUGGGAAAGGCACUAAAGCAGUUACCUCGAGAAAAGGUUGAGUUAGCUACAAAGUUUGGUGUAGCAGAAAUUAAAGCUUCUAACCUUAUAGCGAAAGGUUCACCAGAAUAUGCUCGUUCUUGUUGUGAGGCUAGUCUGAAGCGUCUUGGUGUAGAUUAUAUCGAUCUCUACUACAUACAUCGAAUUGAUACCAAUGUGCCUAUUGAAGAGACUAUGGGAGAACUUAAAAAACUAGUCGGUGAAGGCAAAAUAAAAUAUGUUGGAUUAUCUGAAGCUAGUCCAGAUACAAUAAGGAGGGCUCAUGCUGUUCAUCCUAUCAGUGCUCUACAAAUGGAAUACUCUCUUUGGACUCGUGAUAUCGAAGACGAAAUAAUUCCACUUUGCAGGGAACUUGGGAUCGGAAUAGUUCCAUAUAGUCCGGUCGGUCGAGGGUUUUUUGCCGGGAAGGCUGUGGUGGAAAGCGUGCCUCCAAAUAGUUUAUUGGAACAUCAUCCAAGGUUUACAGGUGAAAACUUUGAUAAGAACAAAACUAUUUAUUUUCGUAUAGAGAAGUUAGCUAAGAAGCAUGGAUGCACUCCUGCUCAACUUGCACUCGCAUGGGUUCUUCAUCAAGGAGAUGAUAUUGUACCUAUCCCUGGUACGACCAAAAUAAAAAAUCUUCACGAAAAUAUUGGUUCGAUGAAAGUGAAGCUUACCAAAGAUGAUUUGAAAGAGAUUUCUGAUGCAGUUCCUAUCAAUGAAGUGGUAGGGUCAAAAAGUUCUACCGAGGCUCUUGAAAGACACACAUGGAAAUUUGCCAAUACCCCACUCCCAAAAUCGACACAACAAAAUGGCUAAAUGCUUAUAUCUAAUGUGUUUUGGAAGAAUGUGUGCUUCUAGUUCUAGUUAUACUUUUAGCAAUUUCGUCGACUUCCUACUACUAUUGCUCGACUCAAUAAUGUUAGUAGUGUUUUUCUUAAGUCAAAAUGUUAUGCAAGGAACUAUGAAUUUAAGUAGUUAUCUAUUAUAUAUCACUCUCAUGAUGAUCUCAUGCUUUGGUUUGUAAAGCGUACUCGCAAUAAUGUUAGAUCUUCUGGCUUUGUAAUGUUUCUUCUAUUAGUAGAAUUCAACUAAUAUCACCUCAGUUUAUAUGAUA